AUGAGUGGUCGUGUUUUGGAUUUGUUCAAACCGUUCGAGGCAUACUUGCCUGAAGUUAUUGCACCAGAGAGACCAGUCCCAUACAAACAAAAGUUGAUCUGGACUGGUGUUUCGCUAUUGGUGUUUUUAGUGAUGGGUCAGAUUCCAUUGUAUGGUAUCGUUUCUAGUGAAACUAGUGAUCCAUUGUAUUGGUUAAGAGCUAUGUUGGCUUCUAAUCGUGGUACUUUGAUGGAACUUGGUGUUUCGCCAAUUAUCACUUCUUCUAUGAUCUUCCAAUUCUUGCAAGGUACUCAAUUGCUUCAAGUGAGCAUGGAGAACAAGCAGGAUAGAGAACUUUUCCAAAUUGCCCAAAAGGUUUUCGCUAUUCUUCUAACCUUUGGCCAAGCUGUUGUUGUUGUUUUAACCGGUAAUUAUGGUAAGCCAUCAGAUUUGGGUCUUGCAAUUUCGUUGUUAUUAAUCUUCCAAUUGAUAUUUGCAUCCUUCACUGUGUUGUUGUUAGAUGAGCUAUUAUCUAAGGGCUAUGGUUUAGGAUCUGGUAUUUCUUUGUUCACAGCCACUAACAUUGCUGAACAAAUUACUUGGAAAGCCUUUGCACCAACAACAGUCAAUGUUGGACGUGGUGAGGAAUUUGAAGGGGCUGUUAUUGCCUUAUUCCAUUUGUUGGCUAUUAGAAAGGACAAGAAGAGAGCUUUGGUUGAAGCCUUCUACAGAGAAAACUUGCCAAAUAUGUUCCAAGUAUUUGCAACAAUUGGCGUGUUCUUAUCCGUUUUAUAUUUGCAAGGUUUCCGUUAUGAGUUGCCUGUUAAGUCAACCAGAACCAGAGGCCAAUACGGUAACUACCCUAUCAAAUUGUUCUACACUUCUAAUACUCCUAUUAUGUUGCAGUCUGCUUUGACUUCUAACGUAUUUUUGAUUUCCCAAAUCUUAUAUCAAAGAUUCUCUACUAACCCAUUGGUCAAGUUAUUGGGUGUAUGGGGUACUAGAUCUGACGCACCAAUGGGUCAACAAGUUGCUAUUUCCGGUUUAUCGUACUACAUCCAACCUCCUUUUUCUUUAACUGAUGCCUUGUUAGAUCCAUUCAAGACUGUUGUUUAUGUUACCUUUGUCUUGGGUGCUUGUGCGUUAUUCUCCAAAACUUGGAUUGAAAUUUCGGGUACUUCUCCCCGUGAUGUUGCCAAGCAAUUUAAAGACCAAGGUUUGACCAUCAAUGGUAAGAGAGAAACUAACGUUUACAAAGAAUUGAAGAAAAUUAUUCCAACUGCGGCAGCCUUUGGUGGUGCGGUUAUCGGUGCACUAUCAGUUGGUUCUGAUCUAUUAGGAACUUUAGGUUCUGGUACAUCUAUAUUAAUGGCAACUACAACCAUCUAUGGUUACUACGAAAUUGCUGCUAAAGAAGGUGGGUUUACCAAGAACUUGGUGGCUGGUUUCACUGAAAUGAUGUAA